UAGCCCUUUCUUUAACAGAAAUCUCCUACAGAUACACUAUGCCUUCUAGACUUGCAGAGGUAUACAAAACUCAUCCUAAUACCCAUCUCCAACACAAUCACUUAGAUUUCGAAUCAGUACAUGAAGUAGUACCCGAAUCACAUGCUUGGCCACCACUGGAUGAUUACCCAUCAAGGGACUCAGCAUAUGGUGUUGAGUCGGUUCCAGUUAUUGAUCUCUCAGACCCUAAAGCUGUGAGGCUUAUGGGUCAUGCAUGCAAGACGUGGGGGGUAUUCCAAGUUACAAACCAUGGCAUCCCUAUAGGCCUUCUCAAGGCUGUUGAGUCUCAAAGCCAACGCCUUUUCUCUCUCCCUACCCAACAGAAGCUUAAGGCUGCUCGGUUACCAGAUGGGAUCUCUGGUUAUGGUAUAGCUCGGAUCUCUUCUUUCUUCCCCAAACUCAUGUGGUCUGAAGGCUUCACCAUCUUUGGAUCUCCUGCUGAACAUGCCCGUCAGCUUUGGCCCCAUCACUUUAACAACUUCUGUGAUGUAAUGGAAGAAUAUGAGAAAGAGAUGAAACAGCUUGCAGGGAAGUUGUUAUGGUUGAUAUUUGGAUCUUUGGGUAUAAACAAAGAAGAUAUCAAAUGGGCAGGUCCAACUGGUGAUUUUGGAGAUGCCGGAGCUGUGUUACAGUUGAAUUCAUAUCCGAAAUGCCCCGAACCAAAUCGAGCCAUGGGUUUAGCUGCACAUACAGAUUCAACUCUUCUCACAGUACUAUACCAGAACAGCACAAGUGGUUUGCAGGUUCUAAGAGAUGGAGUUGGAUGGGUGACGGUACCACCUCUCAAAGGUGCACUUGUUAUCAACAUAGGAGAUCUUCUUCAUAUCCUCUCUAAUGGUGGGUACCCGAGUGUUCUUCAUCGUGCAGUCGUUAACCCAACCCAUCACCGGCUCUCUAUAGCUUACCUCUAUGGACCUCCAACGAAUGUUCAAAUCUCACCACUAUCAAGACUGAUCGACCCAAGUCAUCCUCCUCUGUAUCGUUCUGUGACAUGGAGUGAGUACCUGGGAGCCAAGGCACAACAUUUCAACAAAGCACUGUCAUCUGUUCGUCUAUGCUCACCUCUAAAUGGAUUUGUCGAUAUGAACAGUAACAAUAGCGUGAAAGUUGGCUAAGUUAA